AUUAGUGGGAAAUUCAUGUGCAAUGUUUCUGCUCCAAGGAUUGCGAAAAGACCAACAGAAAUGGAAGCAGGAAAGGACGAUGAACCUUAUGCUUGGGAAGCUCGAGAAUUUCUUCGCCUCAAAAUUGUUGGACGAUCUGUUAUGUUUAAAUGUGAUUAUACGGCGGCAUCUGGACGAGAACAUGGUCGUAUUUAUCUUGGUGGAACAGGUCCCGAAGAUGCUGAAAAUAUAACUGAAACGGGUGUUGCUGAAGGUUGGCUGGAAGUUCGACCUGGUCGAGUGUCAGACGAGUAUACAACAAAAUUACUUUCAUUACAAGAAGCAGCAAAAAACAGUAAAAAAGGUAGAUGGAUUCGUAAUAUUACAUGGGUCGUUGAAAAUAUGCGAGCUCUUGUUGAUUCUCAUAAACAGAAGCCAAUAAGGGCAAUAAUUGAACAAGUUCGUGAUGCAUCAACUUAUCGUGCUUUUCUUUUGCCAGAUUUCCAAUACAUUACAUUGAUGCUUUCUGGUGUUAAGGCACCUGCAAUUCGUUGUGGGACAGAUGGAAAACCUGAGGAUUAUGCUGAGGAGGCAAAAUAUUUCGUUGAAUGUCGUAUUCUUCAACGUGACGUGGAAAUUAUUCUCGAAGGAAUUUCUAAUCUGAAUUUCGUAGGAUCAGUUCUCCAUCCCAAGGGUAAUAUUGCAAUGUUGCUACUCGAACAUGGUUUUGCAAAAUGUGUUGAUUGGUCGAUAGCAUUAGCAGCUUCAGGACCAGAACCAUUGAGAGCUGCGGAAAGAACAGCGAAGAAUAAUAAGUUGCGAUUGUGGCGAGCUUAUCAACCAUCAAACAAUUCUAGUCUUGAUAAGAAAAGUUUCAUAGCAAAAGUUGUGGAAAUAGUAAUGGGUGAUGCACUUGUGGUACAGAAAGAAAACGGCGAAGAAUUGAAAAUUUGGCUUUCUUCAAUUCGCCCUCCAAGGGAAGAAAAUCGAGAAGCUGAUACAAAGCUUUGUCGAACAUUUCGACCUCUUUAUGAUAUUCCUUACAUGUUCGAAGCUCGAGAAUUUUUACGUAAGAGGUUAAUUGGAAAAAAGGUUCAGGUCACCAUUGAUUAUAAUCAACCAAAGACUGAUCAAUUUCCGGAAAAAACUUGCUGCACUGUUGUUGUAGGUGGAGUUAAUAUUGCAGAAGCAUUGAUUUUAAAAGGACUAGCCAAGGUCGUCCGAUAUCGUGGCGAUGAUGAUAAUCGAUCUUCGCAUUAUGAUUCCCUUUUGGCAGCAGAAGCAAAAGCAGAAAAAACUAAAAAGGGUCUUUUUGCUGAAAAAGAGGCAGGUGAUAAGAGUUCUAUCGUAAGAAUUCAAGAACUCUUAGGAGAUGCUCAAAGAUCGAAACAGUUUUUACCCUAUCUUCAACGUUCGGGUCGAUCAGAAGGUUUGGUUGAAUUUGUUGUAUCUGGCAGUCGCGUUAGAAUUUAUGUGCCUAAAGAAACGUGCAUUAUAACAUUCUUAUUCUCUGGAAUAAAUUGUCCUCGUGGUGCUCGAAUGGGAGCUGGUGGAAAACUUAUUGGUGAAUCCGAGCCUUUCGCUGAAGAAGCCACCAGAUUUACGAAGUCUAAAAUAUUGCAACAUGAGGUCGAAAUUGAAGUAGAAGGAAUGGAUAAAAAUGGGAGUUUCAUCGGUUAUCUAUUUGUCCAAACCGAAAAAGGAUUAAUUAAUAUGAGUGUGGAAUUAGUAGAGCAUGGUUUUGCUUCGGUUCAUUUCACAGCUGAAAAAAGUAGCCAUUAUAGUCAGUUGUGUGCAGCAGAACAAAGAGCCAAGCAGGCUCGUCUUGGUAUUUGGACAAAGAUUCAAGAAGAGGAUAUCAAUGCUCAAACUGAACAAGCCACUAUAGCGAAUAUGGAACGUGUUGUGAAUUAUAAGAAAGUAGUUGUAACAGAUGUGCAAAAAGGAAAUCUGAGAUUCGCUGCCCAGUGCGUCGAUGAUGGCCCAAAAUUGGAACUUAUGAUGAAGGAAUUACGUGAGCAGUUGCGUAAUAGAAAUCCGGUCGGAGCCUAUAUGCCUCGCCGUGGGGAUUUGUGUGUUGCUCGUUUCUCAGCGGAUAAUCAGUGGUAUCGCGCACGUAUUGAAAAUGUGCGCGGUAGAAAUGCUGAGAUUCUUUAUGUGGAUUUUGGAAAUAGAGAAACGGUCGACAUUUCUUCUCUUGAUGCUCUUCCUGUCGAAUUUGUGAAACAACCAGCUGGUGCCAAAGAAUACCAGUUGGCAUUAAUUCAGAUUCCUAAUGAUCCGGAUUAUGCUCAAUUAACAGAUGCAGCACUAGAGCAGUUAUUGUAUGGUGCUCCACAAAUUCUGGUUAAUGCAGAAUAUCUAAAUGCUGGCAUCGAAUGUGUACAAGCAGUUAUUGAAUCUGUUGAUGGAACUGAAAUAGAUGUGGCAGAAACACUAAUUGUUGGAGGACAUGCUCUUGUAGAACAUCGGCGAGAAGCAAGGCUUGCUACAAUGAUGGAAAAAUAUGUUGAAGCUGAAAACUUGGCCCGCAAGGAACAUAAAAAUAUUUGGGAAUAUGGCGAUUUCACUGGAAAUGAGCUCUGA